AUGUUUAAGAGUAAGGAGGAAUGGGACAAGUUUAUUUCUUUAUGGAAUUUCUUAAUAGUCUCCUUAACUGAGCUUGAAUACAAUGAACACCUUGCUAGGCUACUUGCGGAUUUUGAUACAUAUCCUGAGGCAGUGCAAUAUGUGUCACAAAGUUGGUUAAUUCCAUAUAAGGUUAAGUUUGUUGUCGUAUGGACAGAUAGUUGUAUGCACUUCGGGAAUGUUACAACCAACAGGGCUGAAAGUGCACAUGCAAAAUUGAAACGGCAACUUGGUUCUAACCACGUAAAUUUUGAGUGUUCUUGGACCAAGAUCCAUAAGAGUAAGCGAGCGAAUGAUGUUGGCAUUGAUGCUUCAGUAUGUGGAUAUGUUGUUCGACAAACACACGGGUUACCGUGUGCCCAUGAGAUUGUGGAUUACAUUCAACAGGGUCAUCUAAUACCACUUGAUAGCAUUAACCCACACUGGAGGACUCUUGAGGUAGUACAAAAGUUAAAGAAUGAUAAAGUGGAAUUGAGUUGUGAACCAAAGUUUGAUCUCAUACUUAAGCGAUUCAAUGCAUCUGAUUACACUAUGCAGUUAGAAAUUCUACAUAAGUUAGAAGAGAUAGUAGAUCCGCAAAGUAGUUUUCUCAUUGAGCCGGAUGUGAAGCCCAACCCUCGAGGUAAGGGACAUAAGAAGAUAGAUGUAUCUACGCGUCGAGACCCAUGUGCAUUUGAGCUAGUUCAGUCUAGACAUGAUAGCCACUCACCUAUGGGCACCCAAAUCCCCACACAAGAUUCUGUCAAAGUAUAUCAGACGCGUACAAAUACGACUUAUUCAUAUGUUGAUGCCCUCCCAGUUGGAUUGAAAUCGUACAUACAUCUUAUCAAGGAUGUAGAUGUCGAUGGCAAUUGUAGGUUUAGGGCUAUUGCUGGGUUGAUGGGGUUUACAGAGGCUGAAUGGGGUCACGUCAUGCGUGAUCUCCUACAGGAAUUGCACAUACACAUAGACCAUUACACUCAUCUAUAUGGUUCACAUGACAAGAUUGAAGAACUGACCCAUAUUCUAUCAUACUUUGAGCCAAAUCCAGGGUAUCACCAUUGGAUGACUAUGCCUAACAUGGGUCAUCUUAUUGCAUCUUAUUAUAGUGUGGUGUUCAUGUUACCGGGUCAUCCAGUUCCACCGAUAGCUACCAAUUGGUGCAAGUUUCAUCAUUCUUGUGCGGCUGGAUGGGGUACUGCAUAUAGUCGCCGAAUUGAGCAUUUUAAAGAAGUUGUUCAUUUAGGGGCAGCUACUAGAGAGACAUUUGAUUGUAUUAACUUUGAUGAGUAA